GUAAGUCUGAAAGAAGAGAGAACAUUAUGUCUGUACUAACCAACAACCGCAACCGAUUUAAAUGCGGUCGAGAAAUAAAAAAACGUACCACAAUUUGGGGCCUCCGCGUUCGACUACCCCCGCCGGCCCCAUGCGUUACCCUUCCCUUUAACGGUCUAGUAACGGAAGAGGAUCUUCGAGAACUGUGGCAGGGAAAUAGAAGACUACAAUUUUUACCGAUAGAUAAGAGCGUCGUCACAAAGAGAAUAGUCGUAACAGACGCCUUCAUGCAAAAUUUAAUGAUGGGGGUGUCGUAUCAACAAAAUUCGAUCAAUUCGGAAUCGGAUUCUCCUUGUCCCAGUCCAGAAACAGUUACAGAGGAACCGUUAAUCGAGCCUGGAGUGAAAAUAGUACAAAAGAACAAAUAUUUAGGAGCGGGAUGCGCCAAAAAGACUGCACCUUUCAAAAAGAUGAGCCUGCAGAGGCGGAAAAAGCUUCUAGCGAUGUCUACCAGGGAAAGGGAAAGAAUCCUUAAACGACCCAAACGAAAAUUAAACACUGAUACUAAAUUAGACAAUAAAAACAACGAAGCAUUACCUCCUACACCACCAACGUCCGUCAGUUCACCGCCAACACCCCCAGCGUCAAACACUACCUUAAAUUCAGAAUUAAGUAAUGAUUUCUCGGAGAGUUCCAAUAAUCAGAAAGCGCUGUCUGGAAAAAAGGGCAACAAUUUGGAUGUUCACUCCGAAUUACACACUCCUUGUGAUACUUCUGGGGAUGAAACCAGUUCUAAAAGCACUUUGGAUACUAUUAUACCGCCGCCGAAGGAUUUUGAAGGAAAAAACAAUCCUUUUUUAACAUUGCUGAGAGGAACUACGGAAGAAACAAAAAGUAAAAAGAAAGAUAUAACCCUACCACUUCCGCUGACAGCUGUGAUACCAGGAAAACCUCUAAUGCGACCAACGAAACGUCAACUGAGCGAAAAGACAUCAUCAUCGGUCCGAACGGACAGGUGAAAAGAAAACGCUUCAGGAGGAAUAGGAAUCCUAAUCCCGUCUAUACCAGUACCGGUAACAACGGCCAGACGGCGAGCAAAACGGCCGC